AUGUUCGCUACGACGGAACGACAGCAGUUCAGAUACCCACCAGUCAAGAAAGGUGGUCGCGAGAUUCGCGUGCUUGACCUCUCCCGCAGAUUGUCUCAUGAUGGCUUGAUUCAAUGCUCUGUACGAACAAUAAGUCUUGGCCCAGCAUUCAAUAUAGAGACGCUGAACUUCAAAGCUCUAUCCUACGCGUGGGGUGACUCCGAUCAGCCCAAGCACCAUAUCCUUCUCGAUGGGAAAUUGUUCGUAAUUCGAAACAACCUAUACGACUUUCUUGAGGUCUACCGGAAAAGAUGGACCACAUGCCGAACUCUAUGGAUAGAUGCGAUAUGCAUUGAUCAAUCAAAUAUCACGGAGCGCAAUCACCAGGUAUGGAUGAUGGGCCACAUCUACAGCCGAGCUAAAGGGGUUGUGAUCUGGCUAGGCAUUGAUCCAGGUCGCGAUCGGGUUUCAGGUCUCCGCGUCGACCACGUCUUGGCAGCGUCUUAUAUUCUACAUUGGCCUUCAUCGCUACGGGCCGCUGCUGGCGUGCUCCGCCUGCUGUGUAGAGACCAGCCCCCGGAAUACAUGACAAGAGCUCUGUUCGAUGCUCCUUAUUUCAGCCGGCGCUGGGUCUACAUGGAAAUGUUGCUCGCGAGAAAGAAACGGAUCUUCAUUGGCAAUACGUCCUUGUCAUGGCCUGUGAUGUUGUUGCUCGAAUUUUUCGCACCGUACGACAUUGCACCUCAACUCUAUGCCAACCAGAAGGUCAUGAAUCGGGGAACGCAGCAACCCCUGGCGCAGCUACUGACCAAUUUCAGCCGUGCCAGGUGCGAAGAUCCGCAUGAUCUCGUCUAUGCGUUUCUGGGAGCAUGCGACAAUGGUUGA